ACCCAGAAACAGCUAGAGAGGACCAUACGAGCCGGAUGGGCGCCAAACACCCUGAAGGGCUAUGGCAUGGUAGUUGAGAAGUUCACCCAGUUCUGCGUCGCGGAACGCAUCCCUGUAGUUGACCGGUUCCCAGCGCAGGAAGUAGUACUAUGCGCAUUCGUAGCCACCGGCUCCGGCCAGGUCGCUGGGAGCACCGCUCGGAACUGGGUUGCGGCGCUGAAGGCGUGGCAUAUAGCCCAGAAUGCCCCGUGGCUCGGAGGAACACGCCUCCAGUACGCAGUGAAGGGCGUCGAAAAUCUCCGACCGAAACACUCACGCAAACCCGCACGCGCCCCAGUGACCCGCGACAUGCUACGCUGCCUCCACAGGGCACUCGACUUCAACUCCACAUUCGAUUCGGCCGUCUACGCCGCCGCCUGCACGAUGCUCUGGGGGCAACUCCGGGCCGGGGAAGUACUCCCCGCAUCCCAAAACGCGAACCCGACUCGAAUUCCGAGGCGAGCGGAUUUCCGCAACCCCGCCCCCCUCUCGUCGACGUACACGCUGACGCUACCGUCAACCAAGACGCGCUACAGCCGAGGGGAGGUGGUUUUCCUCCACCAUCAACGCGGAUCCACAGAUCCGGUCUAUGCGCUGCAGUACCACCUUCAUACAAGUCCCCUCCCGAAAGACACCUCGCUAUUCGCAUACGCGCACCCGCAAGGCCAGAAACUACUCACGAAGACGGCCUUCCUGGCGCGCUGCAACUCAGUCUGGUCGCGGAACCGUUACCCGCGCAUCACCGGCCACUGCUUCCGGAUCGGGGGGACGACGGAGCUCUUACUGGCCGGCGUCCCGCCGCACGUCGUCAAAACGGCGGGCCGGUGGUCAUCAGAUGCGUUCCUGCGGUAUUGGAGG